ACGAGAACGAGAUACAAGAAUUUUCUCGAAUUUGAAGUGUCAGUGUUCGUUCAUUCAUAUUCAUUUGUAUUUCUGGAUUUUGGAAGCUCGAAGCAUUGUUAGCGUUGCAAACAAAGAGAACUUGCGUUUCCAAGUGAUUAAGCAAUUAGUGUGAUAAGACGUUUUAAUUUUUGUAAUAAUAACUUUAGUGCACAAUCAUGGAACAGGUUAACCAAUUAAAGGAGAAGGGGAAUGCCGCAUUAGCGUCUGGUGAGUUCGAUGUGGCCGUAAAACACUACACCGAAGCAAUAAACUUAGACCCAAGCAACCAUGUUCUAUAUAGUAAUAGAUCAGCAGCUCAUGCCAAAGCAGAAAAUUACGUUGCUGCCCUUGAAGAUGCGAAUAAGACUGUUUCUUUGAAUCCGAAUUGGAGUAAGGGAUAUUCCAGAAAAGGCAGUGCAUUGGCAUAUUUAGGUAGAUUUGAAGAAGCAAUAGCAGCUUAUGAAAAGGGAUUAGAACUAGAACCCGGCAACCAGCAGUUAGCAACAGGUCUCGCUGAAGUAAGAAAGCAGGCGGAGUCCAGUAAAUUGGAAACUGCUAAAUUAUUUGAGAAACUAAAAGCGAAUCCUCAGACAAGAGAGUGGUUAAAGGACCCUGAUUAUGUACAAAUGGUUCAUAAAUUGGCACUGAAUCCAUUCGACACAAGAGUUUUAGAAGGAAAAAUGGAUGAUCAACGUGUUCUUACCACAAUUAGCGUAAUGUUAGGUCUAGACAUGAGCAUGGAUGUAGAUCCUCCAGCAUCAGAGACAAAGCCGACACCACCGCCUAAGAAAGAAGAGCCUCCAAAGCCUAAAUAUGAGGAUGUUCCGGAGAACCGUAGAUUAGCGUUACAAGAGAAAGACUUAGGAAAUGACUGUUAUAAGAAAAAGGACUUUGAUAAUGCAAUAAAACAUUAUCAGAAAGCCAUUGAACAUGAUCCUACAGACAUUACUUUCUACACAAAUAUGGCUGCGGUUUAUUUUGAAUUGAGAGAGUAUGAGAGUUGUAUUAAGGAGUGUGAAAAAGCAAUUGAGAUUGGCAGAGAAAAUAGGGCUGAUUUCAAAUUAAUAGCUAAGGCUUUCACAAGAAUUGGUAAUGCAUAUAAGAAAAUGGAGCAAUGGAAGUUAGCAAAGACAUACUAUGAGAAGUCAAUGUCAGAGCACAGGACUCCGGAGAUCAAGACAUUGUUGAGUGAAGUGGAACGCCGCAUCGUGGAGGAGGAGAAGAAAGCCUACAUUGAUCCGGUGAAAGCUGAACAAGAGAAGGAGCUCGGAAAUGAGUACUUUAAGAAAGGAGACUACAGCACAGCGGUGAAGCAUUACACGGAGGCUAUCAAACGCAAUCCUGAUGAGGCCAAACUGUACUCAAACCGAGCGGCAUGUUACACCAAGUUGGCUGCCUUUGACCUUGGUCUCAAGGACUGUCAGCGAUGCUGUGACCUUGAUCCUAAAUUCAUCAAAGGCUGGAUCAGAAAGGGCAAGAUCUUACAGGGUAUGCAGCAACCGGCCAAGGCGCUGGCGGCCUACCAGAAGGCUCUGGAGCUGGACCCCAGCAAUGCGGAAGCCCUGGAGGGAUACAGAGCAUGCUCCACACAACUCAAUUCCAACCCCGAGGAGGUUCGCAAGCGGGCGAUGGCUGACCCUGAGGUUCAGCAGAUCCUCAGUGACCCCGCCAUGCGCUGCAUCCUGGAGCAGAUGCAGCAGGAUCCGCACGCGCUGCAGGAUCAUCUGCGCAACCCUGAUAUUGCUGCUAAGAUACACAAGCUGCUCGAAUCUGGCCUCAUCGCUAUACAUUAGCUGCACAUCUCCAGUAUCCAGCAUCCAGACAACAGCUACGAGAUUAUUGGAGAAGAACUCAACAAAACAGAACCCAGUAUAAGUUAAUAAAAACAACAAGUCUUUAUUA